AUGUUCAUCGAAUACUUGAUUCUUCUAGCAUCCGCACUUUCUAUAUGCAUAUCAAUCGGAUUUGUCAUAUUUGUUAUUUGUGCAUCAUCACUCCAUUCAAUGAGUAUUGCGUUAUCAUGUCAUUCAACGAUAACAGUUAUCAUCACAAAUAUAUUUCUUUUUCUAACUGCUGUAUUUAUGUUAAACACAAAUCUACAAAAUAGUCUCUGGUGUCAAAUCAAUGCUUAUUGUUUUCAAGCAUCAUUGAUAUUAAUCUAUCAUUCAUAUUGUUUACAAGCAUUUCACCGUUUUGUAUUUAUUGUUCAUCAUAAUAAUGUUUAUUUUCAUGGUUAUCAUAUAUUUUUCGCAAUACUUAUUUGCCAAUGGAUAUUCGCUUGGCUCUAUCCAUUUCGUUUACUCUUAUUUGGCAUAUUUACUUACGAUUCUACUAUUCGUUUAUGCCAUAUAAAUUGGGAUUUAUCUCUUGAAUUAUUUGCGCUUUUAGCUGUCCAAUAUUUAAUUCCUUUAACAAUUGAUGUUUUUUGUUAUAUACUAGUUAUUAAACAUGCACAUUUACAUAUUAUAGAAAUGACACUUCAUCGUACAAGUCAAAAACGACAGCCGAUAGUUGUUUGCCAAGAACAACGGCGUAUGAAACGUGAAUUCAAAAUGCUUAAACGUAUUAUUAUUAUUUUUCUAGCACUUUUUAUCAUGAAUUUUCCAAGUUUAGUUUUAAUUAUUAUUGCUUCAAUUGAUUCGAAUGGUAGCAUGUCAAUAGAUUAUUCAUAUAGAAUUAUAUUACUUAAUAUGAGUUGUAUAUUAUUACUUAUUUCAAUAUUUCAAUUUAUUUUGACACCAACUGUUAAAACUUUAAUUCACGAUUUUUGGAAGCGACGAAAAAAUCAAGUUUGCGGAUAG